AUUACCACUUCACCGCUUGUUGGCCAGUGUUUUGGGGUUCAAAGCAGUGUGCGUGUGUGUGUGUUUCUGCACCUGCUCGUCAUGUUCCGUCAUGCAAGCGCGCUCGUGAAUAAGAAGGCUUAACGGUUAUCGUUAAAGGGAUUAUGGAGAUUUAACAGGGACCCCCACGUCCACCUUCCUCCUCCUCCUCCUCCUCCUCCUCGGUGGGGCUCAGUCCUCUCAGCUGACUCGGCUUUGUUCGACACAUCGAAGGAGUUUCUAAAACUCCUUUGUGGCCACUCGCCCACCAACAGAAAAACGGAGACGUGCAGUUUGAUGCCGCUUAAGCCGACAAAAAGGCCUUAGUAUGGAGGUUGUUUUUGAAAGCGCCGUUGAGUUGUAUUUGUUAUCUUGAUCCGGAGCUCUCUCUCACGAUGGAGGACUUUAAGGCCGUGAACUUACUGCACCUCGGUGGAGCUGCGGGAGCAAAACGGUGAACAAUGUUGAGAAAGCAUUCCAUGGGAGCCGAUCUGUUGGCGACGUGUCGGCCUCUUUGAGACAGCGGACAGCGGACUGAAGAUGUCCGACCUCAGCCAAGUCGCAGUCUACUCCGACUCUUCAGAUAUCUACAAGAAUGUCUUCUGCAACCCUGCCUUCGAGCUGGAGGGGGAGCGAGAGGAGCGGGUGGAGGGGCUCAGGACGACCUCGUCCACCCCCGAACCCAUCAAACCGCCUGCAGCCGGUAAACUAGUCGGCAUCUUUCCGUGACCCGGAACCCCGCAGGUGUCCAAUCAUGGUGUUCACUGUGUGCCGUGUGGUUCAGGUCUGGGCGGCGGCGGCGGCCUGUUCGGCGUGCGUGUGACGCGUCUGCGCGGCUGGGCGGCCGUCUGCGUCCUGUUGGCGGCCCUCGGACUGGCGCUGGCCCUCGUCCUCACGCAGAUGAAGGGCCAGGCGGUGGAGGACGCCACCAGCUCUCCCGUCCGGCUGAACACAGGCGAUGCCGCGUCCCAGACUCUACCCGCCACCUCGGCCGGCGGGGGCCCGCCGGGGAGCACGUCGGCCCCUCGGCCCGCCGGGGGCCCAACGCCCGGAACGCGCUGUGGGGGGGUGCUGUCCGACCCGGAGGGCAGCUUCAGUUCUCCGAACCACCCGGGCUCCUACCCGCCCGACUUGCUGUGCGUGUGGGUGAUCCGGGUGGCGCCCCCCUCCCAGGUCCAGAUCCGCGUGACCUCUCUGACCGUGGAGGGGCCGUCUCCCUGUCUGUUCGACUGGCUCGAGGUGCAGGAGCAGAUGGAGCAGAGCGCCGUGGUCACCAGGUUCUGCGGAAACGUGGCGCCACCGACGGUGAACACGAACAGCAGCUCGGUGUGGGUCACCUUCCGCUCCGACGGCAGCAUCGCGGGGAACGGCUUCGCCGCCCAGUACCGGGCCGUGCGGCCCGCGCACAAGAGCUGCUCCAGAGAGGAGUUAAUGUGCGACGGCGGGCGCUGUCUGCUGCGCGCGUCCGUGUGCGACGGCCGUCCGGACUGCCGCGACGGCGCGGACGAGGCCGACUGCAGCCACAAGCACAAAGACUGCGGAGGGCAGAGGACGGGGGGCUAUGGCUCCAUAUCGAGUCCAAACCACCCCGGGCCUUACCCUCACCAGCAGCUGUGCGCGUGGCACAUCUCUGUUGAGGAGGGCCACGUGGUCGCGCUGAGCUUCCAGAACUUCAGCCUGGAGACGCAGGACGUGUGCGAGUUCGACUACGUGGAGGUGCACGACGGCGGCCACGCUGGCGCCGGCAGGGUGCUGGGGCGGUUCUGCGGCACCACCUUCCCCCCGGACGUGACCUCCUCCGGCCCCCACAUGACGGUGGUGUUUGUGGCCGACGAGGGAGUGGCCGACAGCGGCUUCAACGCAACGUACCGGGCGGUGUCCGUCCUGGGCAAGACGUGCGUCCCCGGCCAGUUCGCCUGCAGCGGCGGGGAGUGUCUCCAGCAGCAGUGGCUGUGCGACGGGUGGAGCGACUGCCCCGACGGAGCGGACGAGCAGGCCUGUGGCAACUCCACCUACCCUCCCUUCAGCUCAUCGUGCGAGUUCAUAGAGGUGGAGAUGUGUGUGGGCCUCAGCUACAACCUCACCUCAUUCCCCAACAUCUGGCUGUCCAUUGCUGACCAGAGAGAAGCCGCCACGCUCCUGCGACAGUACCGGGUGCUGAUGGAGCUGGCGUGCGUCGAGCCCCUGCGCAGGCUGGUGUGCGGGAUGUUCCUGCCCCGGUGCAGCCCUCAGGGGGGGGUCGUCCAGCCGUGCCGCUCCGUCUGCUCCUCGGCCGAGCGGCAGUGCAGCCAAGCCCUGGACCUCUACUCCUUCAGCUGGCCCUUCAACUGCCACCUCCUGCCGGACUCUCAGGACCCCAUGGAGUGCUCGCUGCCUUGAUGUUGACAUUGACAGGACCCCCCCCCCUUCCAACAAAGUCUUUUUUCAUGACUUCUUUUCAUAUCGCAUUUUUACUGAACUGAAAACUCUUUUGGGCUCAGACCAGUUGUGUUUUUUUACAAGCUGGUUAAAAAAAAAACAACGGGCCUGUGAAGCUUUUGGCACAAAAGCUAAAAGAAAAGCUUUAACGUAACAAAAAUAAACAUAACUGAUGUGUU